UAAGGUGCAGAUAUUUUUGUUGCGACGAUGGAUGGUUUUAUAAACCUAACUAACAGAGACGGUCUAAAGUUGGACAUCCUUGCUUUUGGUCUAACUUUCUCUCUCUUGCUUCUACGCUUCUUCUUGUGGCGUAGAUUGUUAUAGAGAGGGAAACCAAAAAAGGGAAUCUCAAAAGCUCGAGUUCACAGAUUUGACCCGAGUCUUUAAUCCAAUCUGCUGGUUCGUUUUCCACAUUCAAACUCGACUCUUGAAUAUCAAAUCAGAAGUCUUUGCUAUGGCUGCUACCGCUGCUGCUUCUGUUGUCCGUUACGCACCUGAGGAUCAUACUCUUCCCAAGCCCUGGAAAGGCCUUAUCGAUGAUAGAACUGGUUACUUGUACUUUUGGAAUCCUGAGACCAAUGUUACUCAGUACGAGAAACCAACCCCCUCUCUACCUCCUAAGUUUUCUCCCGCCGUUUCUGUUAGCUCUUCCGUUCAGGUUCAACAAACUGAUGCCUAUGCUCCUCCCAAGGAUGACGAUAAGUACUCCAGAGGCUCUGAACGUGUGUCCAGGUUUUCUGAGGGUGGCAGGAGUGGACCGCCUUAUUCGAACGGUGCUGCUAAUGGAGUUGGGGAUUCUGCUUAUGGUGCAGCAUCUACCAGAGUUCCUCUUCCUUCAUCAGCUCCAGCAAGUGAACUAUCCCCUGAGGCCUAUUCCCGCCGUCAUGAAAUUACUGUCAGUGGGGGCCAAGUACCACCACCUCUAAUGUCCUUUGAAGCUACUGGUUUUCCACCUGAGCUUCUGCGGGAGGUACUCAGUGCAGGUUUCUCUGCUCCAACUCCAAUUCAAGCUCAGUCAUGGCCCAUUGCUAUGCAAGGUAGGGACAUAGUAGCCAUUGCUAAAACUGGCUCGGGAAAAACUUUGGGUUACUUGAUUCCUGGAUUUUUGCAUCUUCAACGUAUCCGAAAUGAUUCGCGAAUGGGCCCAACAAUCUUGGUAUUGUCUCCAACGAGAGAGCUGGCCACACAAAUCCAAGAAGAAGCUGUUAAAUUUGGGAGGUCAUCAAGAAUUUCGUGUACGUGUUUGUAUGGUGGUGCACCAAAGGGCCCUCAGUUGAGGGAUUUAGAAAGAGGAGCAGAUAUCGUGGUUGCAACUCCUGGGAGAUUGAAUGAUAUCCUUGAAAUGAGGAGGAUUAGUCUGCGUCAGAUAUCUUAUCUUGUGCUAGAUGAGGCAGAUAGAAUGUUGGACAUGGGUUUUGAACCUCAGAUAAGGAAGAUUGUGAAAGAAAUUCCCACUAAGCGUCAAACCCUUAUGUACACAGCUACAUGGCCAAAGGGAGUUAGGAAAAUUGCAGCUGACUUGCUUGUUAACCCUGCUCAAGUCAACAUUGGCAAUGUUGACGAGCUUGUGGCUAACAAGUCAAUCACACAGCAUAUUGAAGUGGUAGCACCAAUGGAGAAACAGAGGAGGUUAGAGCAGAUCUUGCGGUCUCAGGAACCAGGCUCAAAGGUGAUAAUAUUCUGCUCAACCAAAAGGAUGUGUGAUCAACUAACACGCAAUCUAACCCGCCAAUUUGGAGCUGCUGCUAUACAUGGAGACAAGUCCCAGCCUGAGAGAGACAAUGUUCUUAAUCAAUUCCGCAGUGGCAGAACUCCGGUUCUUGUAGCAACCGAUGUUGCUGCUCGUGGUCUGGACGUUAAGGACAUCAGGGCGGUCGUAAACUAUGAUUUCCCCAAUGGAGUGGAAGACUAUGUUCAUAGAAUCGGAAGAACAGGAAGAGCUGGAGCGACUGGUCAGGCAUUCACAUUCUUUGGUGAUCAAGAUUCGAAACAUGCUUCGGAUCUGAUCAAGAUUUUGGAAGGAGCAAACCAGCGAGUUCCUCCUCAGAUCCGCGAAAUGGCUACACGUGGUGGUGGGGGAAUGAACAAAUUCAGUCGUUGGGGACCUCCUUCCGGCGGCCGUGGUCGUGGUGGCGACUCUGGUUAUGGUGGCAGAGGUAGCUUUGCUUCCCGUGACAGUAGAAGCAGCAAUGGAUGGGGAAGAGAGCGAGAAAGGAGCCGUAGCCCUGAGAGAUUCAACAGAGCUCCACCACCGUCUUCCACCGGAUCUCCUCCUCGCAGCUUCCACGAGACGAUGAUGAUGAAACACAGAUGAAAAGAGAGAUACAAAGCUCUGAUAAAGCCAAGUGACAGAAGAUUGUGUUGUGGGGGAUUUCCCUUAUCAUUGUGACAUUAUAUAUUUUUUGGCCGAUGAAGAAACAAAAGAAAAAAAAACAAGACCAAGAAGACUGUUCCCUCCCAUUGGAAAUUUACGCUCAAAACUACAAUUGAUAUCUUACAGUUUGUAUUUCAUCUUAUUUAUUAUUGCAGCUCAGAGAUUGGUAAGAAUGUUUCAUUAGAUACGAACGACUUUCUUCUAAUACUGUGGGAUUCUCUAGCAUUUAAAUUACAAAUCAAAGUGGUAAUAUUAUGAUUUCGGUUUAGUAUUGUUAGAUUUGGUUUAGUGUAGUUCGAUUUGAUAAACUGAUUCUACCCAAUCGAAAUAAUCAAAUUAAAAACCC